UCCAUCCCUGCCUGUGUGGGGUCCCUGUGGCUGCUUUCAAGCCCACACCAUGGCUCCCAACCUGGGCACUUAAGGGUUUUCACUGCAUACAUUGCUUCUGAGCCAGCUGCUGUCUUCAGACUUGUCUUCUCCCCGCUGCCUCACAGCUCAGAGUUGAGCUGGCCUCAUGCUGAAAAUGCAGAGCACGCCCAACUACCUCUGGAACAUGGACGAUGUGCUGGGCCAAGGGGCUACAGCCAGCGUGUACAAAGCCCGCAGUAAGAGAUCAGGGGAGCUGGUUGCUGUGAAGGUCUUUAAUAAUGCCAGCUACCUGAGACCACAGGAGGUGCAGAUGAGAGAGUUUGAGGUGCUGAGGAAAUUAAACCAUAAGAACAUCGUCAAACUGUUUGCAGUUGAAGAGACUACCCAGGGAAACAGCAAGCAGAAGGUGCUGGUGAUGGAGUACUGCUCACGUGGGAGCUUGCUGAGUGUGUUAGAAGAUCCAGAGAACUCCUUUGGCUUGUCUGAGUCAGAAUUCCUCAUCGUGUUGCAUUGUGUUGUGGCCGGCAUGAACCACCUUCGUGAGAACAGCAUUGUCCAUAGAGACAUCAAACCAGGAAACAUCAUGCGGCUGGUGGGGGAAGACGGGCAGAGCAUCUAUAAGCUCACGGAUUUUGGGGCCGCUCGAGAGCUGGACGAUGACGAGAAGUUUGUGUCCGUCUACGGGACAGAGGAAUAUCUUCACCCGGACAUGUACGAGCGAGCAGUUCUGAGAAAACCCCAGCAAAAGGCUUAUGGGGUGACUGUAGAUCUGUGGAGCAUUGGGGUAACCUUUUACCAUGCUGCUACGGGCAAUCUCCCAUUUAUCCCCUUCGGCGGACCUCGCAGGAAUAAAGAAAUCAUGUAUAAAAUAACGACCGAGAAACCCGCUGGAGCUAUCGCAGGUGUCCAGAGGCAGGAGAACGGGCCCAUUGAGUGGCGCUACGAGCUGCCCAUCACCUGCCAACUGUCUGUGGGGCUGAAGAGCCAGCUCAUCCCCAUUCUGGCUAACAUUCUGGAAGUUGAUCAGGAAAAAUGCUGGGGCUUUGAUCAGUUUUUUGCUGAAACCACUGACAUCCUGCACAGGAUAGUGGUCCACGUCUUCUCCUUGCAGCAAGCUACCAUGCACCGGGUCUACAUCCAUGCCUACAACACUACCACCAUAUUUUUAGAAGCUGUCUUCACACAGACAAAUAUAGCCCCUCACCAUCAAGAAUAUUUUUUUGAAGGUCACCCGUAUCAAUUGGAACCCAGCCUGCAAGCUCACAAUUUCUCCAGAACCACAGAAAAUAGCCCACUGACCUUGCUGAGCAGUGUACCGGAGGAACCCGUGGGAGUGAGAUUCAGAGAUCCGUCACUUGAGUUUCCAAAGUUUGUCCCAAAGGUUGAUGUCCUAGCUGACUGCAGCAUGGCAAAGGGUGUCCUGAGUGCCGUUCACCAGACACUGAAGAUCUCUCGGUCACUUUUGAAAUGUCAAGAGUUUAUUCUGAGAGGUCUUUACUGGGUGAUUGAGAGCCUGAAAGCCAAGUGCUCCCGUGUUGUGGAGAGAAGGGAAGCGGCCGUUUCGAUGCUGAGCUGCUUGCAGCAUACCGAGCUGAAGGCCUUCGUGUUGUAUGAUUCUGUUUCUGGAGGCAACAGUAGUCCAGAGCUGAAGGAUCUGGCUGAGGUGAAAACAAGGCUGCAGACUGUCACUGAAGACCUCACCAGAUGUUCCCACAGCAUCUCCGAACAUAAAGGGACAUUGGACUCUCUUUUGUCUGAGUUGGUAAAGCACAGGAAACAGGCACAUGAAAAUAGCAUCCGGCAGAUGGAGUGCUGCCUCGAGAAGAUGCAGCUCAUAUACAAGCAAUUCAAGAAGACCCGGAUGAGUCCGCGGCUAGCCUACAAUGAGGAACAAAUACACAAGCUGGAUAAGAUGAAUUUAGGGCAUUUGGCCAAAAAGGUCUUGUCAAUUUUCCAGGAGAACUGCGUACAGAAAUAUCAAGCUAUGCUGGCCAUCCAUGGGAACAUAACGAGGGACGUUUGGGAGAUGAGAGAGCAUUUGAAGAAACUCAGCAACUCUAUAGCCGCUUGUAAUGUGGAGAUGAUGGGAUGCCAGGAGUGCCUCCAUAAUGCUUUGGACAGAUUACCUCAGAGAAUCCUGCGGGAGAAACCAAAUUUGGCCCAGGUCUCUUCUGCACCCCCACCAAUUUACAUGAAUCUAGUCGAUCAGGAGAUGGUACUUAGAAUGAAGGAACUUCGAGAGCAAAUGAAACUGGUAGCGAAUGACCUCCAGAGCAACAACAGCAUCAUUGAGCGGUUAAGUGGGGUUGCGUCCGCUCCAGAUGUUUGAGGGAGAUGUGAUGGAUUUGGAGCUGAUGAAAUAGUGUUUUGUUUUUUGUUUUUAAAUUAUAUCUCGCACUUUGGGUCAAGAUCAAUGGAGAACUUUAGCUCAAAGACAUCACCUUGUCCUACCUCUCUGCUCCAGCACUUUGGCACAGUUCACCAGCAUUAGCCUUACCUGGGCUGCAAACCUCAAGUGCUUGAAUACUGGCAGUGUCCCUAAUGUUGUUCAGAUGUUACCCUGUUUGGGUUUCCUUUGACAAAAUGGAUUGUUUCCAGUAUUUUACAUUUCUUUCUUGUUCCCAUCGAAUUGCUGACUUCAUCCUGUAUCAAGGAGGCCAUGCUCUGUUAGAUGAAAUGGGUUAGAUUAAAUCAGCAUCUUUAAGCCACUUUACAUCUCUCCCACCCAUGGAAUACAAGCAGAAGUCUCUGUAAUUUGUGACUCCAGCAUAAAGAUGAUUUUUCCAUUGCAUGAUCUCCUGGGUUCUUUAUCCUUGUCAAUUUUGAUCAUCACGGGUCCUUUCCAGUGUGAGCCGUGUGCAGGAAGGAUAGUGGACUCAAUGGACCAAAGAUCUGUUCCAGUAUGGAAAUAUUCCCACUUCCAACUGGGAGAAGGUGGAAUAUGG